UGUCCCGGGCGGGUGCAGCGCGGCGGGUAUGACGGACCGGGGAGCUUCGCCGGGGCCGCAGGGCGCCCGAGUGGCCCGGCACUGGAUGCCGGGGACUAGCUGCCGAAUAGAGUGACGCUCAGAUGUGAAAGCCGGGCACAGCUACCCUGCGAGCAGUGCGGUGAUGCUGCAGCAGCCUCCUGCUGCUUCGCUGAGGGACAGGGACUCCAUCAGCGGAUGGUAGAAAGCCCUACCCGAGGACUCCUGGAGGGCAGUGCGGGCAGGUGGACUCGGAUGCCUGAGCAGUGAACGUCCCAGGCUGGGGAGGAGGUGACGCAGGUGGCAGGCACAUGCCCUGCUGAUGGAUCGCCACAGGGACUUACCCUGUGGGCUGAUUGUGGGAAACGUCGCUGAGUCUUUCUUUCUGGCUGUUCCUCCUAGAGGCUCUCGGCAGUAGGUGUGAGGUGAUCUAGCCCAGCUCCCGCAGUGGCCUGGCUUUCUGGUGUCUGAGGAUGAGUUUGACCCCCACCAGGAGAUGCCUCCUGGACCUGCCCUGGGAAGACAUCUUGCUUCCACAUAUUCUCUGUCAUCUGCCACUGCAGCAGCUCCUGAGCCUGCAGAGGGUCAGCAAGUCAUUCCAGUCUCUCAUCCAGUUGUACCUGGCCAACAUGCGCUGCUUUGACUCAAACCAGAUCAAAUUUGCCAUCCCUCGAGCUGCUUUUGUUAACCUGUUGAAGGACAACAAAGUACUGCAGCAGCUGGCGCUCCAGAACUGCUCUGCCUGGCUGACGGACUGUGAGCUGCUCCCAGUCAUCGAGCAGAACCACCACCUCCACCAGAUCCAGCUGAAGGGCUGCGUCCAGCUCAGCCGCCAUGCGCUGGUGACCAUCUCGCUGAGCUGCCCUAACCUGCGCCAGCUGUCCCUGGCUCAGUGCGACUGGGUGGACAGCCUGGCCCUGCGCAGCCUGGCUGACCACUGCAAGGCCCUGGAGGCUGUGGACCUGACAGCCUGCCGCCAGCUGAAGGACGAGGCCAUCUGUUACCUGGUGCAGAAGUGCAGCAGGCUCAAGUCUCUGUCGCUGGCUGUCAAUGCCAAUGUGGGCGACGUGGCAGUCGAGGAGACUGCCAAGUGCUGCCCCGAGCUGGAGCACUUGGACCUCACAGGGUGUCUGCGAGUCAAGAAUGACUCCAUCAGAAUCCUGGCUGAGUACUGUCCCAAGCUGCGCUCGCUGAAGGUCAAGCAUUGCCACAACGUGGCUGAGUCCAGCUUGAGCAUCCUCCGAAGCCGUGGGGUGGAGCUGGAUGUGGAGCCUCCACUGCGGAGGGCUCUUAUUCUCCUGGAGGAUGUGGUUGGCUUCGCCCCUUUCAUCAACCUUCAGAUCUAGAACUGCUGCUGCCGGGGAGGGGGGGACUGAUGCAACGCUGGGAACCUGGAAGGAUGCUGGAACUGGCUGCUGUGGAGACGUGCAGAGGGAGAGGUCGGUCCCAUUGGUGAGGCUGGCCUGAGUGGGGCUCACUCUUUCCUCUGGGGCUGUUUAGCAGCCACUGAGUGUUCAUGAAUAGGCUUCACUGAUGCCUCUGGGGAAAGUAACUCCCUCUACAGUGGCGUGGAGAGAGCGCUUGACUUGCAGGAACACCAUGGUGCUGAACAGGCCUUGGCCAGGCCAGCUAAUAGAUAGGAUUUACUAUUUGUUGUAUUUUAAAUCUCUAAGCGGCAGCUGUCCAGAGGGCAGGGGAGUGUGUGAUGGGGACUGUCCCCUGGGGUGGGUGUACAGGGCAUGCCAGCAGAGCUGUGGAACAAACCAGACCAGCUGGAGCAGGAAAGAGAACAGCUACCAGCCUUCCUCUUGGGAGAGGGCAGGCCCCUCUGGGCUCUGGGAGGAGGGCAGUAAGCCUAGCUCCAGCCUGUGGCCACUGGCCAGCCUAGCACCAAAGGACUGGCAUGGCCCCAGCGCAGGCAGUGUGUCUGUCCAGGCCUAGGGUGCUGGUUUAGGCUGGGGCAAGGUGGGAGAUGCUCCUAACUACAGUUUCACUGACAGAAAAGCACCAAACCUAGCUGUGCUGUCACUGAAAGCAGUUGGUCAUUGUCAUUUGUUUCUUCCAGCUUCUGACUUAACAUUUUAGUAGUGCCCAGGCCUGCUACUGUAUCUUGCUCCGUGUGGCAUGGCUGGAAAUUUGGCACUCAAUAUUGGUAAGAAAUGGCAGAAGCACUGGCUCUACUGUAAGCUGAAGUUUGUGGAGAGCUGCAGGUUAUGUUGGCAGGGAGAGUCUAGCUCUGGAGUUCAGCCUCAGCCCUUGUUAUCCGCUAGGCAGUUAAUCAAACAGCAGCCACAUCUUGUGGUGAGAGUAAUGAGGGGAAGAGAGGAUGACCCUGAUUCUAUCUUUGGCCCUAGGAGGGAUUGGAGAUAGUGUCUGUAAAGCAUAUGCAUGCUCUGGCAGAACUACACACCAACUCACAUCAUCUUUAUUAAUACUGGCACUCAAAGCAACAGUGCACAGAGACUUGUUAAAAAGGUUGCUGCAAAAGCACAAGCCACAUCUCAGAUCUAAAAAUGUCCCAUGCAAUAUAGAGCAGAGAAUGCCCAGGCCCCAGAGAGUCACUGCAGUGUGCCCCUGGGGGCAGAGGGAUAGCUACCCAAGGAGAGAAGUCUCCUCCUU